GUGUGGAGGUAAAGUCAGAAAUAAACACUUCCCACUGGAUAAAGUUGAGUAUCUUGGGUGCUUUACUAAAAAGCUUUCAAAAUUAUUUCUUUUCCAUUUUUAUAAGUUCCUAAGUCGUAUUCAUAUUUGCAAGGGACUUUUUUGUGUACUGCUCUAUUUUUUGGUUGAUCCAUUGUAUUUUAUAAUUUUUAAGAAGCCCAUAACUCUGCAUGAAUUCCACUUGGUAGUAAAAUGCAUAACUAACACCAAAACCGAUAAAAUUUUGCACUAAUAAGCCCAAAAUAUCCUAUCCCAAUCUUCUACUUCAAACCCAAAUUCACAAAAACCCCAAAACCCCCUCACAACUAUACCCAUUCCAAACCCCCAAAACCCGACCAAAUCCUCAAUAUCUUCCCAAAACCCCUCCACUAUCACCCAAUUUUCCUUCCUGCUCAACCUAUAGUUCCCAAUUCCCCAAUCCCAGUCAGCUAUUUCCCAGCUAAGAAGUAGCCUGUACCAGCCAGCACUUGCUGGCUGGAAGGAGCUUAGGCUUAGGCUUAGGAGAGGUAGGAAUGGGGGGAUGAAGGAUUUGGAGCAAGGGUUGGGAAGAAGGUGAUUGGAUGGGAGAGGGGGUUAGGGAUUGGAGGGGGAGAGAUAGAUUAGGAAUUGGGGAGAAAGAACUUGUUUGGAGUAUGAAGAAGGGGAAUUAUGGAAGUUUGUGGUGGUAUUGUGAGAUUUUUGUUGUAUGGUUAAAAGUUGGGGUUAGAGGGUUUUGGUGGGUGUUUUAAAUUGCUAUCAUAAGUAAGGAUGGAUGAAAGGAUAAGGAAGAAGCUAUAGAUAUCUCAAAGAAUCCUUUAGAAUACUCCUUAAAAUUUUGAAUUUGAUUUUUUUCAUCUUUGCUUGUUUUGAUCUUUGUUG